AUGGUCACUUGUUCUAACAGUGAAAUAAACAAGGAAGUGCCUGAUGAAUCCACCCCUCAGUCUACUAAUUUAGUACCCACCAUUAAGAACAAGUUGCAGGAAGUAGUUGUCAGCAGAAUGAAAAUUCUCAAUCCACUGAAUGAUGUCCACCUUAAAAAAUUUCCCAGAAUUCAACCUUGUUCAGCUUCUGCUUCCGGUGAAAACUACAGUUCUGAUAAGACUUCAAUUUCAGAUAACCAAACUUCACUCAUGAAUCAAAGUCAAUUGCAAGCAAGUGAACAUUGUGCUUCGCUAAAUCAUUCAGAGAAAGACCUGAAAAACAUUACAAGUUCACCUGCAACAAUAAGUGAUCCUUUAGAGAACACAAACAUCGCAGGUCUGCAUCCUUCCCAGCCUACAGCUUGUAGGAGAAUAAAAAGCCUUUUAACCAAUAAAAUCACUCAGACUUGUGUGAACACCAACAGCACCAAAAUCCAACAGACCUCUCAGGCCCCUUUGAACACCAACUGCCUUGGAGUGCAUCAGUCAUCUCAGGCAAAAGUUAACACAGACAGCCUUCGAACACAGAAGUCAACCAAGCCUAGUGAGAACACAGAUAGCAUUGAGACACAGCAUGCUUCUCUGCCCACCAACAACCUCGGAAUUAAUCAUUCACUUCAGCCUAGUGUGAACAUGAAUAACCUUUCACAGCUUAAAUUUCCUUUUGUGAAUUAUCCUGUGAAAAAUUUGUGUCUGAUACAGGUUCCUAAAAAUAUGGUGCUUUCAACCAAUGCAAAGAAUGCUAAAAAUUCUAGGAGAGAGGCUCAAACCAAAGGUACAACACUGUCCAACCCAGUUCUUGUCAACAGUGAUGACAAGGUACCAAGUAAAAUGCCUGUUCACCAAAACACAGCUGUUACUAUCUCUAAACCAAAUGCUAUGAACGAAACAACCAAUGGCAAUUCCAAAGUUCUGGACAAUGGUAUAAGUAUUUUAAGUGCUGUUAAUCUAAAUCAGCUAAAAAAUAUUCAGAAUAGUUUACAUCUUAAGCAAGAUUUAAAUGUCACUGGAGCCUCAAUGGUACCCAACAGUCAGGAUAUCACCACAAAUUGUUUCAAGAAAACAUUAACAACAAGCAGCUGCUCACCCUCACAUGGUACGAAGUCUCAGAACAAAACAUUACCUGGGAACACUUCAACAGUAUUACCAGCAGAUGUAGAGGUUACAGAACAGAGCUUUUCGGUCAUCCUUCAACCUGUGCAGAAAGGGGAUCCACCACCUGUCCCAAACUUGGAUCUACCAACAGAAUUAAAAACUGAAGUAAAAGUGGAAGAAAGUCCCAUGAUUAUCGAUGAGGUUCAGUCUUCUGGAACAGUAAGAGGAGAACCACAGGUUGAAAGUAGUCAUGUUACGAAAAGUCCAAAAGAAUGUUUAAUAACAGACGAAAUAAUUAUUAAAGAGAAAAAUAUCACCAAAGAUAUAAUGGAAGAAAUGGGCUACAAGUUUUAUAAGUGUGGAAUUUGUAAAGAGACUUUCAGUGAUCCUUUAGUCCUUCAGAGGCACGUUCGACAACACAAAGGACUACAAAGCGAAUGCAAAAAAUGUGGAUAUUGUGAAAAGAUUUUCGCUUGCAAAAUGAGUGCAUUUGCACAUCUGAAAUUCGUUCAUGGUAUCAGCUGCGAUAAACUCAAAGCUGGAAUAAAAGAGGCUAACUUAGCAACGUAUGAGAGGGAUGAAGAAGUAGUCAAAACUGUCCGAGUCAUUCGAACUAAAAUACCAGAAUGCGGGAAGUGUGGAAAUAUCUUUUCGGACCUGGAGGCAUAUACACGGCACAAAAAAAGAACAAACUGUGUGAAAGUAUCGUUUGCUUGCAUUUUUUGUAAGCAACCAGUUCGUGUAGAAACAUUUGAAGAAACACAAUUUCCAAAAAACUUGUGUAAAAAGUGUCAAACAUUAUGGAGCAAUCUAAAAUUGAACUCUGAUACGACAGUGGCACAAAAUAAGCAAGGGGAUGGAAAGCUUACAGAUCCAGUGCACCUAAAUUUCCAGGGUUCAGGUCCAAAACAAGUCAAGAAGAAGAAAGAGUCAUAUGUUUGUGAUAGUUGUCAGAAAUCCUUCAAGCAGAAAUCUACCUAUGAAAGGCACCUAAAACUGUUGCACAGCACCGUAAAACCAUAUAAAUGUGAUUUGUGUGAAAAGGCCUUUGUUUUCUCCUCUUCGCUUUGCGAACACAGAGAUACACAUUUUUCAAAGGCAAGAACAAAAGCAUUUGCAUGUGAUAAGUGUCCAAAAACAUUCAAAAAAAGAUAUCUUCUUAAACUGCAUAUGCAGAGACAUGAACCUGGGAGGUUUUCUUGUGAUGUGUGUGGAAAGAUAUUGAAAUCCAAAAGGAGGCUCAGAGAUCAUAAAAGAUUACAUACUGAAGAAAAGCCAUUUCUCUGUGAGAUUUGUGGGAGGAGAUUUUGCAGUAGGAUUGCCAGAAUUCUGCACAUGAAUACCCAUGAUUCCUCUACUAAGAUUCUGUGUGAGAUUUGUGGAAAACUUUUUGUUGAGUCUUAUAUUCGACAUCAUAUGGUAAGGCACAGAAUCCAUGAUGAUUUGAGUCUGGAAACAAAAUCGCGAAUUUCAGACAUACCUUUUGUUUGCGAAUAUUGCGGAAAGGGCUUUUGUGAAAGGUUGCGAUAUGAAAGUCACAAAUGGAGCAAACAUAAACAUGAGACCAGUGGCAGUCAUUCAGAAGAGAAUCACGUGAAAGAGAAAAAUUCUGAUGCUAGACUUAGAUGUAGCACUUGUGAAAAAACUUUCAUCAAUAAAUUGAGCCUUCGGACUCAUGAAGCCCUCCAUCAAGGACUGAUGAAGGUAGCUUGUGAUAAAUGUGGUAAGGUAAUGCAUAAACAUUCUUUGAGGCGCCACAUGCUACAAAUGCACUCAACUAGUCACAAGAAAGAGAAAAAUUCUCAUGCUCGAUUUAGAUGUAGCACUUGUGAAAAAACUUUCAUCAAUAAAUUGAGCCUCCGGACUCAUGAAGCCCUCCAUCAAGGACUGAUGAAGACAGCUUGUGAUAAAUGUAGUAAGGUAAUGCAUAAACAUUCUUUGAGGCGCCAUAUGGUAAAAAUGCACUUAACUGGUAUAUAACCUUUAUCAUGAAUGUUAAACAGGUUCAUAAUCAUGAUAAUACAUUUAUUAGGUUAAUGUGUAAGAGGAAUAUUCAAUAGAAUAUUAAAUAUUUUAAUAUUCA